ACAUCGUCGCAGCGCACAUCGCCAAUAAUAAAUCGUCUCCAUCUGGGAAACCAUUUCCAAAAACCAGACGACCUAGUAGAGCCGCCGCCGCCGCCGCCGCCGCCAUGGCCACACUCGUCGGACCUCCGAUCCCUCACGAAAUCCCCAUUCCAGAUGUCAUACCGCCUCCGCCUCCGCCACAGUGCUUCCACCAGAUGCUCUCCUCCGGUGACCCCUGCCUCGACUUCUUCUUCCAGGUCGUACCCGGCGCAACCCCUGCCACCACACUCACCCAACUCCUCGCCGCCGCCUGGGCUUCCAACCCGCUCACGGCGCUCAAGCUGCUCUGCAAUCUCCGCGCCGAGCGCGGCCUCGGCAAGGCCGACCGGGACGGCUUCUACGCCGCCGCCCUCUGGAUGCAUGACAACCACCCCCGCACGCUCCUCGCCAAUCUCGCCUCCUUCGCCACCUUCCGCUGCCUCAAGGACCUCCCCGAGAUCAUCUACCGCGUCCUCCAAGGCCACCGCCACGAACACCACCACGACCACCACGACGGCCAGCCCGAUGGCCCCCGCCCCCGCCUCCGCUUCAAGCGCCGCUGCGUCGACCAUGACCAUGGCAAGGCUGCCAGGGCCAUCCUGCGCAAGGAGGCGCAACUCGCGCAGGCCCUGCUCCUGCGGUACGACUCGGACGACAACUUCCGCUUGCUUCACGGCCGCGUCGCCGACACCUUCGCCGACCUGCUCAAGUCCGACGUCGAGCACCUGCGCGCUGGUGAGAACGCCAAGAUCAGCCUCGCCGCCAAGUGGUGCCCGUCGCUCCGCUCGUCCUACGACCGGGCGACCCUGCUCUGCGAGGCCAUCGCCCGCCGGAUGUUCCCGUACGAGUCGAGCCAGGAGUACCUCCACAUCUCUGACAAGCACUACGCCUACCGCGUCCGCAACCGGCUCCGGCGGGAGGUGCUCGUGCCCCUGCGCAAGGUCCUCGAGCUACCUGAGGUGUACAUUAGCGCGGGCAAGUGGGAGCAGAUGCCCUACGAGCGCGUGGCGUCCGUGGCGAUGCGGCAGUACAAGAAGGCGUUCGAGAAGCACAACAAGUCUGGCCUCGCCGGCUUCCUGGACGAGGUGCGCACGGGCCACGCGCGGGUGCCGGUCGACGCGGCUCUGCCUCACGAGUUGUUGGCCGCCGCACUCGAGGGCAAGCACGACGAGGCGGCCGAGCUUCAGUGGCGGCGCAUGGUGUCCACGCUGGCAGCGGAGGGACGGCUGAGCAACUGCAUUGCGGUAUGCGGGCUGUCAGGCGAUGUGGCGAAGCCACCGGGCGCGGCGGCCAUCGCGCUGGGGCUGCUGAUCUCGGAGCUGAGCCAGGAUCCAUGGAAGGGACGGGUAAUCACCUUCGGCGAGACGCAGCAGCUGCACAAGGUGUGCGGCGCGACGCUGGUGCACAAGGUCCAGUCGAUGGCGUCGGUACGGGCUCGCAAGAGCCGGAAACUGAACCUGCAGGCCGUGUUCGACCGGAUACUGAACGUGGCGGUCGUCGGCGGUCUGGCCAAGGACAUGAUGGUGAAGAGGGUGUUUGUGCUGAGCGACAUGGAGUUGGAGGGCGGCGCGUGGGGAGUCGAAGCCAUGUUCGAGGCGAAGGGGUUCUCGGCGCCGGAGGUGGUGUUCUGGAACGUGUGCGCAACGCCGUUGAUGCCAGUGGUGGCGGCGCAGGAGGAUGCAGCGCUGGUGAGCGGCUACUCCAAGAACCUGGUGAGGCUCUUCUUGGAGUCGGACGGCAAACUCACGCCGGCCGCCGUCAUGGUUGAUGCCAUCUCCGGCCCGGAAUACGACGCGCUUGAGGUGGUGGACUGAUUGACAUUUGACUUUGCUUCUCUAUCAGUACCAUCUCUACUAAUCAUGGUACGGUUCUAUAUGAAUAACUCUCAUCAAUGAAUGAACAAGUUGAGUAUUACUGAUCAAUUAUCUGGUUCUAUAUAUAUGAUAUGCCUGUAUGCAUGCUUUUGCUGAUCUCUCCUUUUUCUUUCAUUUUUCCUUUUUUAGGCUGUAAUAUUAGGAAUGGUCCAAUUAUUAGUAUUGGAGUG